AGUAACUACAAUCAUAAUCAUGAUACUAUCAAUAAUCAUGAUACUGUUUAUGACACUGCUUACGACCACGAUUAUAAUACUAUUUAUGACUCUGAGAGUACCGAUGAGAAUAAUAACAGCGAUACUACUGAGGAAAUUCAAAUGCAGUUACCUAAUAACAGUUCGGAUUCACAACCUAAAAAAAAAAGAACAGUUAAUUCUGAGUUUCGAAUGCCUCUAAAAAAUAAUACAAAGCUGAACUUGCCUCUUCAUGUAAAUGCAACAAAAAAAAAACCUGACAUUAG